UCCACUUCUUUACCGAACCUUCUGUUCCCUCCUAAGAACAUCAAGAACGCAAACUCCCACACCACCUCUUGCGGAUCAGGUUCGGUACAUCUGGAAGCACACAUACAUAUACACACAAAAACACAAAAUAUAUUUAUAGAAUAUGAACGUAAUUAGCAUAAAUUUUUGGAAAAUUAAGGAACCAAAUCAAAGCUUGCAUCUCUGAGUGUAUUGUUACUCUCGUUCUGCAGCUGCUUCUUAAACUGGGUGCAACAUUUCACUUGGCUUUUGUCACCGGGAAAUUCAUAUGAUCAUAUCUUGAACUACCCCUUGGGCCAGAUUCCAUCAUACAAGUGCAAAAUACGGAUUAUUAUUUCCUGAAAAGUCAAAUGUCGUGUUUGUUACUACCACCGGGUAAGGUGCCACUGCAAAUUUGUCGGCCAUCCUAUUGCUCUUAUUCUCGUCGUUUAGAGUUCGUUUUCUGUUCUCAACUGUACUCGAAACGAACCACUCAUGAAAAGCUCAGCUUGAAGGAGGUGCUGAUCUUUGGACUGUCAGUAUGCCAUUAUCGGCUCAAACCAAUUCCCGCACUUAACUCUGGAGAGAUACAUCCCACUAAUCAGGAAAACCGAACACAAGAAUCAUCAACAUUGAGAAGAGAUGAGAACCUUGAACAAUGGGAUUCAGUGACAGCAAAGUUUGCAGGAGCUGCAAAUGUACCAUUUCUGUUGUUGCAACUGCCUCAGAUUAUACUCAAUACUCGGAAUCUUCUAUCAGGGAACAAGUCUGCACUCUUAGCUGUUCCAUGGCUGGGGAUGUUCACUGGAUUGCUCGGGAAUCUGUCUUUGAUGUCGUACUUUAUCAAGAAGAAGGAAACUGAAGCAGUGGUGGUGCAGACUCUUGGAGUUGUAUCCAUGUACGUGGUGAUGUUGCAGCUGGCCAUGGCUGAAGCUAUGCCUCUUCCUCAUUUUAUUGCUACUUCCCUUGUGAUUGCAUCUGGUCUCAUUGUGAAUUUUAUGAAAUACUUUAAUUUGCUCAAUCUGGAAAUCUGGCGUGUUUGGGAAGAUUUCAUUCUUAUCGCUGGGCUCUCUGCCCUUCCACAAGUUAUGUGGUCAACAUUUGUCCCAUAUGUUCCAAACACUAUCUUGCCUGGAGUGAUUUCCUUUUCGACGGCUGUGCUUGCUGUUCUUAUGGCUCGGAUGGGUAAGCUCUCAGACCAAGGAACAAAAUUUCUUGGAUCAGCAUCUAGCUGGUGUGCCACUCUUCUUUUCAUGUGGAUGGCUGUUGCACAAAUGUGGACAAAUCUUCUGAAUCCUGAUAACAUAAGAGGUUUGUCAGCUGUCACAAUGUUACUUGCCAUGAUUGGAAACGGAUUUAUGAUUCCACGUGCCUUAUUUAUUCGGGAUUUCAUGUGGUUCACUGGUUCGAGCUGGGGCUGUAUAUUCUAUGGAUUGGGCAACCUAGUAUGCAUGUACUGCUUCAACAGUAUUAGCAAGGAGUUCUUCUUGGCUGCAACCCUUGGCUUUAUUGCCUGGAUAGGAGUCACCAUAUGGAGAGAUACUCGAGCUUAUGGAUACUCCUCACCAUUUACAUCCUUGAAGGAGCUGGUUUUUGGCCCUUGAAGUUUCUUCUCCUCUGCUUCUGCCAACUUUGGAAGUCAAUAUGGAAGUUUGUAUUGUGGUAACAUGCAAGAAAUGCAACAGUUCCUCCAUGCCUCGUCAAGAUUCUGGAUUGAAUCAGUUUGGUUUUGAGCAUUGGCAAAUCAAAGUGGGGGGAGAAUGUUGGUUCAAAUCUUCAGAGCAAAUGAAAUGCUGUAGAUAAAGUAGUUUGGCACUCAGACACUCUCUUGUAAAUUCUCUCCAGAUAAACAAGAUUAGCUAGGAACUGUCAUAUUUGAUUUAAAAUUAGAAAUUGUCUUUUUAGCAUCCAGGCUUCUAAAGUCAUCAAUUAAUUUUAGCAGCGUAUUUAAUGGGAU